ACUAGACUUAAGGAAGCUGGGGUGGCCGUGGCUCUGAGGGUCUAAGAGGAGGAGGAGGAGGAGGAGGAGGCAAGGGCCGCAUAGAGCGAUCGAGCGAGGGAUCGGGCGCGCGCCGCGGGCCGCAGCCUUGGGGAGGAGGACAAGGAGCCCUUAGCAGCGUCUCGGGGCCGGUCCCUCUGUCGCGGGCAGAAUGUCCAAGAGAAAGGAGGAUGAUUUCCCUCCGGCCACAGAGCAGAAAAGAGCCAGGCCAGAGCCAUCGCCUGGGCCAGAACCAGAACCAGGACCAGGACCGGGACCAGGGGGAGAGGGGACUUCGGAAGAGGGGCCUGAGAGGGCCCCCCCUCAGAACCUGUCUCUUGGAAGUUCCACUUCUCAUUCCGUCUCGGGGGAAUUUGGGGUCAUUGAGAGUAUCCAGGUGGAGAACUUUAUGGGCUAUACAAUGCUUGGACCUGUGAAAUUUGGGUCGAAUGUCAAUUUCAUGGUGGGGCACAGUGGGAAGAAUGCGUUGUUAACCGCUCUUGUCGUUGGUCUUGGUGGAAAAUCGUUAGGAACGUCUUUGAAAGGGUUGAUAAAAGAUGGAGAGACUUCUGCCGACAUCUCAAUCACAUUAAGGAACAGAGGAGAUUAUGCUUUUAAGUCUGAUCUUUAUGGGGACUCCAUAACUGUGCACCAGCACAUCAGUAUAGAUGAGAGUGAGACUUAUGAAUUAAAAAGCCAUACGGGCGAUGUGGUUUCUUCUAAGAAAGAGGACCUUACUGCCAUUCUCGAGCGUUUUAAGAUACAGGUUGAUAAUCCAGUGUCUAUUUUAAGGGAAGAGUUGAGCAGGCAGUUGAUGGAUACCAGAAAUGAUGGGGACAGAUAUAAAUUGUUUAUGAAAGCAACUGAGCUUGAACAGAUGAGAGAGGACUACUCACAAAUUAUGGAGAGAAAAGCCAGAAACCAGCAUCAGAUAGAACAAGGAGAAGAGCAGCUUGAGGAGCUCAAACGGCAGGGCAUAGAGAUAGAAGAGCAUUUUCAGAAUAUGGUUACCUUGAGGAAGAAAUUGGAGGACUUGAAAAAUGAAAUGGCUUGGGCACUAGUGAGUAAAACCGAAAGAGAAAUUGAUAAUAUGAUCGGGAACAUAAGUAUUGGAGAUCAGCGUACUGUCAUAUUAAAUCAGGAACUGGAGGCCUCAAAGGUCAAAUUUAGUGAAGCAGAAAAGAAGUAUAGAGCCAUACAUGAGAACAUGCAGAAGUUAAGUGAAGAAGCUGCUGAAUUAGAGCCCCAGUGCAUUGAAGCAAAUGAGGAUGCCAUGAAAACAGACAGGGCCUAUUGUCAAGCAGAGGCUUUCUAUAAUUAUUCCCAAAAUGAGUUUAACAAAUUAGACCAAGUUUCUGAACAGCUUCAUAACCAAAUUGAUGAAAUGAAAAAGAGCCUAGAACUAGCAGAGUUGGAAAAACAGAACAAAAUUUCCAUGCUGAAGGAAAAGAUUAGGAACUUUAAAGAUCAGGAAGAUACCCUUGUUGAAGAAAUAAAACAUCUUCAUCAAGCUAUAGAGAAAGAUGACAAAGAGCAUUCUCAAAUCAGGGAACAAGAAACAUAUAUGCAGCAAAUACUGGAUGAUGAACAAAGACAGCUAGACCAAUUGAAAGACUGUAAAUCUGAGCCACUAAAACGAUUUGGACCUCAGAUUCCAGCCCUUCUUGAGGCUAUAGAAGAUGCCCAUAGACAAGGGCUCUUUACUUACAAACCCAUAGGCCCACUGGGAGCUUGUAUUCGGGUUCGGGAGCCUGAAUUUACUUUGGCUAUUGAGUCCUGCUUAAAGGGCCUUCUUCUUUCCUUUUUUUGUGACAACCACAAUGAUGAGAAAAUCCUUCAGGGGCUGAUGAAAAAGUUUUACCCAUCAGACUCUUCAAGGCCACAGAUAAUCACUUCAGCAUUUGCAUGCGAAGUUUAUGAUUUAACAGAUAGAAUGGCUUAUCACCCAGAAUUUCCAACAGUUCUCACUGCUUUAGAAAUAGACAAUGCCGUGGUGGCCAAUACUUUGAUUGACAUGAAGGGCAUAGAGUCAGUGCUGCUCAUUAAAAGCAAGUCCUUGGCUUGCACUGUGAUGCAGGCUCAGAGGCCCCCCAAGAACUGUACCAAAGUUUUAACUGGUGAUGGGGACCAAGUAUUUGAGCGACACUAUUACACAUCUGAAAAACUGAGGCCUAUUUACUUGGGUGAUAUAGAAAUGGAAAUAAGUAAUUUGGAGAAAGAUGUGAAAAACAAAAUAGAACAGCUGUCAGCAUUUCAGGAACAUGUGUGUUCACUUGAGAAGGAUGUCAAGAAAAACCGAGAAACUAUUGAUAGUCAUUAUCAACAUUUGAAAGAGAUUAAGAUUAAAGUAAUCAGUUUCACCUCAGAAAUGAAAGAUCUUGAGGAAGAAGAACAAAAUCAGUCAAUAGAUAUCUCAAUCCUGGAAGACGAAGCCCAAGAAAUUAAAGAAGAGAUGAAAGAGGCUGAGGAAAAGAUGAAAAUUAGAAAGGUAGAGAUGGAGAAAUUAAGGCAGCCCAAAAUUGAUGCUGAAAAGAGAAAUGAGGAGCUUAAGGUACAAUACAAUCAGAUUUCAGAAUUAGUAGAAUCCAUCAGGGGAGAACGAAACCGGGCUGCUUUAGAAGUGGACAACCAGCACCAAUGCAUGCUGCAUUAUGAAAAUAGGCUCAAGCAACACUUAGAUUCCCUCCAAGUGAAAAAAGAAGAGCUGGCAAUGAAAGAGAGAGAACUUGAGAGGGAGACUGCUCAGGCCAAAUACAUCUGCCCAGAUCGUAAAGAAGUUACACACACUGCCUCUGUUCUUGACAGAGAAAUCAGUUUGUUAAGACAGAGAAUACAGUCAGAAAACUACACUCACAGAAGCCGAGAAGAUAUAAUGAGGCAGUACCAAGAAGCAAAAGAAAGAUAUCUGGAUCUAGAUAACAAAGUGAAGAAUUUGAAAAAGCUCAUCAAAACAAUGGAAGACAUAUCAAAACAGAGAUAUGAAGCCUACCAGAAACGAAGAAGGAAUCUUUCUAUUCAAGGUAAAUUGUACUUUGACAGCUUACUAUCUCAGUGGUCCUUCCAUGGGGAUAUUCACUUUGAUCACAUCAAUGAGACCCUUUCUGUAAUGUUCAAUCGUGGAGAUGCUGCUUUCAAUGACUUGCGAGCCUCAGCAGGAGAAAGGCAUUACUUUUCAAACUUCCUGCUCAUCAUUACUUUGUGGUCCAUCACAGAAUCUCCCUUCAGAUGUCUGGAUACAUUUGAUGUCUGCCUGGACAGUGACCAUCGCAAAAUCGCAAUGGACAUGAUCCUCAGGAUAGCUCAUUCCCAGGAACACCUCCAGUUCAUCCUGAUCACUCCACAGUACAUGAAUUCUGUCCUUCCCAAUUCACUAAUUGAAGUCCUCCAAAUUCCAGACCCUGACGAAGAUGGAGCAGCCCUGACUUCCAAAGCAGUCAGUUCUGAAGAAGAAGAGUGAAUUUUUAAUUUAAUGUGAUCGUGCUGUCUGCUCAUUGUGGUGUUUUAUAUUUUUUUUUCUCAAAGUGUCUGCAGUGUAGUGUGAAAAAUCUCCCUACUUUAAAGAAGAGUAAUGUUUAAUAAUUAAAAAUAUUUCAGAGAGGCAGUCAAGAUGGAGGAGUAACAGAAAGAUAUACAGCAUAACUCCUCCACCAGGACUCCUCCACAAAGAUCUAGAAAAUACACCAGACCAAAUUCUGAUCAGAAAAUCCAAGCAAAAGUCACCAGCACCGGGCAGCUGAAGGAGAAAGACAGAGAUCUGUGGACAUUGGGGAUGGGGACUUGCCAGGAGCAUCUACAGCACCCAGGGACUGAAAGAAGCUCGAGACUGGACACCUGGGCAGGAAGCACCAGAUGAAAUGAGAUUGUGUGUUGCCCGUGACAUAAUUGAUUCCAUUUUUUUAUUAAUCUGCUGUUUUGUGUUGAAGUGGUUUGGUGUUUGUUUUUCAUAACUUGUUUUUCAAUACUAAAAUAAGUUUAUGUGUAGUAUAGGUUGUUAAACAAUGUUUGUGUUUAUAAACAACUGAUAAACAUAUGGGAUGCCCAUAUAUGACAGCCCACCAAUGGGGAAAUUUUGUAAGCAACCUCACCAUUAACUUAUGUCAUCAGGUAUCAAUGAAAUCAAUUGGUAAACAAAUUACUUCACCAGCCACCUAUCCAAACUUGGGUAUAACCAGCCAAAAGCCCAAAGCUAGACCUAUGAGAAACCCACUGGAGGCCCCAGUCUUCAGCCUGUUCUUGGGUUGAGACUGAGCCUGGCUCCUGAGAGCCAACUUGAGACUCAAACACCCACAUCAUGUUUGCUUGAAGAUACUGCUGAUUGACUGACAGGGGUUUGCAGACUUUCCAGCCAACCGCCACAUCCGGAGACAGACAACUUCCAGCUGGGCUGCGAGAAGGAACUUUUUCAUUGAAUACCAGUUCGAGACAUACUAAGUGGCAAGCCCUAAGAAAUCAAAUGUGUAUGUGCUGUGAUUUCAUCAUUGGUGCCUUCGUGAUUCUACUGCUGCUCAUCCUUGCAUAUCUCAUCGCAUACCCUAUCCUGUGUAUCACCUCAGAGAACCUUCUUGCAGCCCCUUGCAACCAAGAAUGACUUCACCCUGACUUUACCUCUGGUUGGUUGUUCAAUAUCCAACUGUUCCUGCAAAUCACAGUUGUGAAAGCAGGAUACACAAAUACAAAACAUUGCCAACAUGAGAGUGGGAACUGCUACCUACUUAGACAUAUACCCCAUUGGAAAUCAAGGGGUUACAACCUUUUGACUUUCCAGAGACACAAGAAAACCUCACCAAGAUUGCUUAAGCAUCCUUGAGAUGUAGAGGCAAUCAAAGACUUUAGCCAUGCCUGGCCUGAUGAAAAAACAAAUGAUGAUAGACAUGAUAGUGAUCACCAGAUAGAAAAUCCGCAGGACAUUGGCUUGAAAUGAGAAGAAAUUAAGAGGCCUUGUAACAUGUUCUCUUAUAGCAAUUCCUGGCUUGGUCUUCAGAUGACUUGCCAUGAGAAAACAUGGAACAAAUGGAAAGACCUAUUGUCACUGUAUUAAGAACAUAUUUUAAAAUGUGUUAAUGCUAAAUGUAAUAUUGAUGCUUGUGUGUACCAAUAUGUUCUAACUCUAAGUGAUAUAAACAUUGAGUGUUUGGAAUUGCUAUUUGGAUUUUAUUAGUGGUAAUUACAAUAUUAUUUAUAGACCAUCCUAGAUGACUGCUGGGAUAGCCAGCAGCCAGAGGGUGGAAUGUAGUGAGAAUACAUUUGUUACCUUGGUAUAACUUCCUCCAUUUUUUAUUGACCACCAUUUUGUGAUGAAGUGUUCUUAUGUUUGUUUUUUGUAGCUUCUCUUUCAAUAUUAAGAUAAACAUUUUGUGGUAUAAGUUGGUAAACAACCUGUUUGUGUUCAUCAACAACUGAUAAAUAUAUGUGACUUCUAUUUAGGACAGACCACCAAUGCGAAAAUUUGGUAAACAACCUCACCAUUAGCUUGUGUCAUCAGAUAUCAAUCUGUGGAUAAGGGAAGAGUUCAUGACCAAACCAGAGAUAGAGUGGAUCAUGGGAGGUAAAAUGCAUAGUUAAAUGCAUUUACGUCAAAUUUAAAAGGUUUCGUAUGAAUAAAACCAAACCAAUCCAGCCAAAAUUAGAAGGAAAGCAGAAAACUUGGGGAAAAAACACCUUUUUACAACAAGUUCCUCAUAAAGGUUUCAUUUUUUAAAUAUUUAGGGAAUGGAGUGAAAUUUGUAAAAGAUAAAAGCCAUUCUCCAAUUGAUAAAUGGUCAAAGAUUAUGAAUAAGCAGUAGGAAAAUGACUUGCUGAAGGGGAAUGUGGGAAAAUAAGGGCACUAAUGUACUGUUGGAGUUGUGAACUAGUCCAACCAUUCUGGAGAACAAUUUGGAACUAUUCCCAAAGGGCUAUAAAAAAUUGUGCAUACCCUUUGACCCUGCAAUACCACUACCAGGUAUGUACUCCCAAGACAUCAAAGAACAAGUCAAAGGACCAAAAAUAUAUGUACCAAAAUAUGGCAGCUCUUUUGGGGCUUUUUGGAAACUGAGGGGGUGUCCACCAAUUGGGGAAUGGCUGAACGCAUUGUGGUAUAUGAUUGUGAUGGAAUGGAGUUAUGCUGUAAAAAAU